AAGUCUAAACCAAGUCACUGCACAUCCGCCAUAUGAAUAUACCCAUUUCCAAAACUUCCCCCUUCAACUUCCUGGAUUAGAUUUCCUUGUCCAAUUUUCAUUAAUUUUUAAUUUUUAUUUUUUUCAAUUUCUCUCACUGUCCAAUCCUGACCAAUCACUUUGAUCCAAACCCAUGCUCCAAAAUCCAGAAUUAGCAUUAAUUUUCACUUUUUUGAUCAGUUUCAGAGACCCAGUUGACCGCAAAUUCUCUUGAUGGAUCGACGAUCGCACGCGGAUUCUUCAACAAAAAAGUAGUCUCUAUAUAUGGAGGAUCAGGAGCUUCAUUUGGAAAUUUGAAGAAUUAAUUUUUAUGCUGAUCAGAGUACUCUACUGGCUGACCUGUCAAGAAUUCGAAAUCUAUAUCUGAACUGUUCUUAAUGGCCGAACAUCGGAAUGGCAAUGUAAAAAAUGCAACUGGCAAGGCAUCAGCGGCCACCAAUCCAUAUGCCAUCAAUCUGGAAAACUUCACUAAGCGGUUAAAAAUGUUAUAUUCACAUUGGAAUGAAUAUAAUGGUGAUUUAUGGGGUGCUUCAGAUGCUUUGGCUAUAGCAACGCCUCCAACUUCGGAGGAUUUACGAUACCUGAAAUCCUCGGCUCUCAACAUCUGGCUGGUCGGUUAUGAAUUCCCGGAAACAAUUAUGGUCUUCAUGAAGAAGCAGAUCCAUUUCUUGUGUAGCCAGAAAAAGGCCUCUCUCCUUGAUGUUGUGAAAAAUUCAGCCAAAGAUGCUUUGGGUGUUGAAGUCGUGAUGCAUGUGAAGGCCAAAAAUGAUGAUGGAGCUGGACUAAUGGAUAGUAUACUUCAUGCUGUCAAUGCUCAGUCGAACUCCAGUAAUGAUGCUCCUAUUGUUGGACAGAUAGCAAGAGAGGCUCCUGAAGGAAAGCUUUUGGAGACAUGGGCUGAAAAGUUGAAGAAUGCUAAUUUCAAGUUAAGCGAUGUAACAAACGGGUUCUCAAAUUUGUUUGCUGUCAAAGACAACACUGAGGUUACAAACGUAAAGAAAGCUGCAUUCUUGACUUCAUCAGUGAUGAGAAGUUUCGUGGUCCCAAAGCUUGAAAAAAUUAUUGAUGAGGAAAAGAAGGUUUCGCAUUCUUCAUUAAUGGAUGACACAGAGAAGGCCAUAUUGGAACCUGCAAGAAUCAAGGUCAAGCUGAAGGCAGAGAACGUUGAUAUUUGUUACCCUCCAAUUUUUCAGAGUGGAGGAGAUUUUGAUCUGAAACCGAGUGCUUCAAGCAAUGAUGACAACCUUUACUAUGAUUCUACUAGUGUUAUUAUAUGUGCAAUUGGGUCUCGAUACAACAGCUACUGCUCAAAUGUUGCUAGAACUUUUCUGAUUGAUGCCAGUGUCACGCAGAGCAAGGCUUAUGAGGUUCUCCUUAAGGCACAAGAAGCAGCGAUCAGUAGUUUGAAAUCUGGGAACAAGGUUAGUGCUGCGUAUCAGGCUGCGGUCUUAGUAGUUGAGAAGGAUGCUCCUGAAUUCGCUGCAAACUUGACCAAAACUGCAGGAACCGGAAUUGGCCUUGAGUUUCGUGAGUCGGGGCUCAGUCUUAAUGCCAAGAAUGAUCGCGUUUUAAGACCAGGCAUGGUUUUCAAUGUGUCACUUGGAUUUCAUAACUUGCAGGCAGAGACCAAGAACCCAAAGACCCAGAAAUUCUCGGUGUUGCUAGCUGAUACAGUCAUAGUUGGUGAAGAGGUCCCAGAAGUAGUGACUGUAUCAAGUUCUAAAGCUGUGAAGGAUGUAGCUUACUCAUUCAAUGAGGAUGAUGAAGAAGAAGAUGAACGGCCAAAAAUCAAAGCUGAGGCGAAAGGUGGCAGGACUGCCUUAUCUAAGGCGACACUCAGGUCAGACAACCAGGAGAUGUCAAAGGAGGAGCUACGACGGCAGCACCAGGCAGAACUUGCCCGCCAGAAAAAUGAAGAAACUGCUAGGAGGCUUGCUGGGGGGGGUUCUGCGGCAACAGAUAAUCGUGGUGCAGGGAAGACAGUAGGUGAUUUGAUUGCAUACAAGAAUGUCAAUGAUCUGCCCCCUCCAAGAGAUUUGAUGAUUCAAAUUGAUCAGAAGAAUGAAGCCAUCCUAUUGCCAAUUUAUGGAACCAUGGUUCCUUUCCAUGUAGCCACAGUGAAGACUGUGUCCAGCCAGCAGGACAGUAACCGAAAUUGCUACAUCCGUAUAAUCUUCAACGUACCUGGCACCGCUUUUAGUCCUCAUGAUGCAAGCUCCAUUAAAUUUCAAGGGUCAGUUUAUCUGAAGGAAGUUUCAUUUCGCUCCAAAGACAUAAGGCAUAUCAGCGAAGCAGUCCAGCUGAUCAAAACCCUUCGCCGACAGGUUGCCUCCAGGGAGUCUGAAAGAGCUGAGAGGGCCACUUUAGUUACUCAGGAAAAGCUGCAACUUGCAGGAGCCAAAUUCAAACCCAUAAGAUUGUCCGAUCUAUGGAUUCGUCCUGCAUUUGGUGGUCGUGGAAGAAAGCUGCCUGGUUCACUAGAAGCCCACACAAACGGGUUCCGGUAUUCUACUUCAAGGCCUGAUGAACGUGUGGACGUUAUGUACAGAAACAUCAAACAUGCAUUUUUGCAGCCCGCAGAGAAGGAAAUGAUCACUGUGAUACACUUUCAUCUGCAUAAUCAUAUUAUGGUAGGAAACAAGAAGACCAAGGAUCUGCAAUUUUAUGUUGAGGUGAUGGAUGUGGUCCAGACACUCGGUGGUGGAAAGAGAUCUGCCUAUGAUCCGGAUGAGAUCGAGGAAGAGAACCGUGAGAGGGAUCGAAAAAACAAAAUUAAUAUGGACUUUCAGAACUUUGUGAACCGAGUACAUGAUCUGUGGGGUCAACCCCAAUUCAAAGUUCUUGACCUUGAGUUUGAUCAGCCAUUGAGAGAGCUUGGCUUUCAUGGGGUACCCCACAAAGCAUCGGCCUUCAUCGUCCCCACUUCAAGCUGCCUGGUUGAGCUGGUAGAGACACCGUUUGUGGUAAUAACUCUAAAUGAGAUUGAGAUUGUUAACCUGGAGAGAGUUGGUCUUGGACAGAAGAAUUUUGAUAUGACUAUUGUGUUCAAGGACUUCAAGCGGGAUGUCUUUCGAAUUGAUUCUAUACCUUCAACAUCACUAGAUGGCAUCAAGGAGUGGCUAGACACGACUGACCUCAAGUAUUAUGAAAGCAGAUUGAAUCUCAACUGGCGGCCUAUAUUGAAAACUAUUACUGAUGAUCCAGAGAAGUUCAUAGAGGAUGGUGGAUGGGAAUUUUUAAAUAUGGAGGUCAGUGAUUCAGAUUCUGAGAACUCGGAGUCAGACCAAGGAUAUGAGCCUUCAGAUGUACAGUCUGACACGGGUUCGGAAGAUGAGGAUGAUGUCAGUGCGUCGCUGGUUGAGUCUGAGGAUGAUGAGGAAGAAGACUCUGAAGAAGAUUCGGAGGAGGAUAAAGGAAAGACAUGGGAAGAGUUGGAGAGGGAAGCAAGCAAUGCAGAUAGGGAGAAAAGGGAUGACUCGGACAGUGAGGAAGAGAGGACAAGAAGGAAGAUGAAGGCUUUUGGAAAGGCUCGGGCACCACCACCCAACAAGAGGACUCCUAGUGGCAGCCUUCCCAAGAGGGCAAAAUUAAGGUGAAUGCAAGGUCUUUGAUGACAGCCUUAUGGAAAGAAAUCUUGGUGGGAAACUGGAGAGACUUUCUCUUUCCCUUUUUUAAGCUAUAACCAGUAUCAGCACCAGCAGUAGAUGUUGUGGAACUUUGUGUAGGAGACACUUUCGUCUUUAACGUUUUAAAAAGGUUCUAGUUUCUUCUUCUUUUCAUUGUGUGUUGAACAAACUUGUUUAAGUUAAUAACUUCCUGCUUGUAAAAUAGAGGGCAUUAAAAUAUUAUUAAAAUGUUAUACUUGCGUCA